UGGCGCUAACAGUCACCCGCUUCCACUUUCAUGACAUCACGGUGAGGGCUCUUCUUACUGGAUGGUUCUGCCUGUAUAAACACCAGUUAACGACAAGCUCCUCAACCCAAAGGAAUCAAUGGUAUGGACUUGUCGGGGUCCAAGCAGGUAACAAAGUGAUGGUCUAAAGACUCGCAGUCACAAGAGGUGCUUGCGCCUGGAAUGUUGCGCUGGUCGGUGCAUCUAGAAGGAGGGCCACGGAGAGUCAACCAUGCUGCUGUGGCGGUGGGGCACAAGGUCUACUCCUUUGGGGGCUACUGCUCCGGGGAGGACUACGAGACGCUGCGUCAGAUCGAUGUGCAUGUCUUCAACUCAGUGUCUCUGCGCUGGAUGAAGUUGCCCCCAGUGAGGAUGGGGGGACACGAACGGGCUCGUGAAGUGCCGUACAUGCGUUACGGCCACACAGCUGUGCUGCUGGAUGAUACGAUCUACCUCUGGGGCGGGCGUAACGACACAGAGGGGGCCUGCAACGUGCUGUACGCCUUUGAUGUCAAUACCCAUAGGUGGUCCACGCCCAAGAUUUCAGGGGCAGUUCCUGGGGCGAGGGAUGGCCACUCAGCCUGUGUGCUAGGAAAGGCCAUGUACAUAUUUGGAGGAUACGAGCAGCUGGCUGAUUGCUUCUCUAAUGACAUUCACCGGCUGGAUACCACCACCAUGGUUUGGUCGCUAAUUAAUGCCAGAGGCACACCGGCACGAUGGAGAGACUUCCACUCAGCCACCAUCAUUGGGACAAAAAUGUUUGUGUUUGGAGGGAGGGCAGACCGCUUUGGCCCCUUCCACUCCAACAACGAGAUCUACUGCAACAAGAUCAAAGUGUUCGACACAGAGACCAACUGCUGGCUGAGCACCCCGACCACACAGCUGUCGCCAGAGGGACGCAGGAGUCAUUCAGCCUUCUGCUACAACGGAGAGCUCUACAUAUUUGGAGGCUACAAUGCCCGCCUGGACCGGCACUUCAACGACCUUUGGAAGUUUAAUCCAGAACAAUUCUUGUGGAAGAAGGUAGAGCCGAAGGGGAAAGGCCCGUGUCCACGGAGGCGGCAGUGCUGCUGUAUGGUCGGAGAUCGAAUCGUCCUCUUUGGAGGAACAAGCCCCUGCCCAGAGCAAGGAAUGGGGGAUGAAUUUAACCUCAUGGAUCAUUCAGACUUGUACAUCUUAGACUUCAGCCCCAAUUUGAAGACAUUAUGCAAAAUAGCUGUUAUUCAGUACAGUUUGGAGCAGUCAGGACUCCCACAUGAUAUCAGAUGGGAACUGGCAGCCAUGACGACCAACAGCAACAUCAGCAGACCCAUCUUCUCCUCGCAUGGUUGAUGCAGCUGCAGACGAAACAGAACCAGGACUCUGUUUCAGAAAAGCUGAACUUUUUUUAAUUUUUAAAUCAUCCUGGUCAACUGAACUCCGAGGACUGCUUUGGAUUUAUCUUCCACAUUCUUCAAAUGAAAACUCAUCACUGACCAAACUGUCCUGGCAUAAGACUUCAGCAGACAGAAGGGCCUUGCCCUGCCUAAGGAUGUAUUUUAAUCCUCGACACUCGUUGUUGUGGGCGAUGACGCUUGUUCAGAUUUUCCUCUUCUUUCUAGCCUCUCUAGGAACCCAAUCAGCCUAUGAUAAUCAUAGACAUGCAACUUCUAAUCUUAAGCACAGGAAUCGACAAGAAUUUCAGCCAAAGGCUCUGGAGCGUGAGCGACCACUGAAGAUGUCAAGAAACAAACCUUCAGCUGCAGAUCUGAAGAGACUGGUUCACAUCCAGUAAAGGACAGAAAGUAUUCAGGACUGCAAUCCAAGAGUGUUUUGUUUGCAGAAAGUCUAAGUGGUUUACUAGUUUCACCACGACAUGAAAGCCUCCCUGCUGCUCCGAAAUGGCUCCCAAAUGAUUUACAAGACAGCUAGAGAAAGCUGUAAAAUAAUCAAGGGCAUCUACCUCCCUCUAAAGUAUUUGUCAUUGGGUCUUUGACACCUCCUGCACAUUUGACACCUGCUAGUCUCCAGAAAAAAAAAAAGAAAGAAAUGUUGCAAAGAAGUGUGACCAACCUGCUGCGUAACUCCUCUGACUUCAGAGGAUUUCAAUAUCAAAUGCAGAAAAAGAUCAUUUAUCUCACAGAUACACAUUCUGUGUGUGAUUUGGAGAGAUUAUCUCAUGAAUCCAUUUUGUUUGUAGACAAUCCUUCAACUUUCAAACCGGUCCAUUUAUCAAGCAGAUCAAAAUCAACGGAAAUGUUUGUGUGCGCAGCGUGAAGAAAGCAUUUUGUUCAUUUAAAAAAAAAAAAAAAAAAAAGGCUGUGGCAACAAAGUCUAAUUUAUUUCAGAUUUUGUUGACGCGUCCCAAAAGUAAGACCAAAACAAACUGUGUAACAUCGUCUCUCAUCGCUUCCCUGCCUCGCUGCGGCCCGUUUGUUCCUGCUGAUUGUUGUUUCUCCAGCGUGACGUUUUUAGCCCUCAGCAGCGAGUAAGGGGGACAGGGCAGGGCAGGGCGCGGUCUAAACAUCAUACUGAUAAAUUUCGUUUUAGCUUUUGAGCUUCGUGAUCAGCAGAUCCAGGAAGUCGCAUCUUCCCUUCAAAUCUGAAAAUGAUGAAUCGUUCUGGUCAGAAUCUGGAGGAGUUAUUCUCUUUUUCUCAUGUUUUCAAAUCAGAUUUCAACUUAAUCUAAAACCUGAAGUUGUCGUUCCAGUCCACUCUGCGUCCUCUGCCCUUCCUUUGGGACCAAGUCUAUCUUGCCUUUCAGUAUUGACAUCAGUUUCCUCCUGCAGUGGCAGCUACAUCUCUUGGUGCCCUAAAAAAACAACAAGUGUGUUUUUUACUGCAGCAGAUUAAUCUCUCACUGAAUCAUUUUAUUAGAUCCUUUGUUAAAUUUGAGUGCAUUUAGUCAGCAGGAAUAAAAAAACAAACAACAAAAAACGUCAUGUUUUAAGAAAUAAUUGUUUUUAACAAAAUCACUAGUGGCAUAAUUAUUGGAACCCAAAAAUAACAUCAGAAAACACUUGAUAUUUUUUAGGUUAAUCUGGUUUUCUAAGACUUUCUAAAUGGUAAUCCUUAACUUUUUGUUCAGCUUGUUUCCUUUAGCCUCUGGCCUCCUGGCUGGGCGAGGCUCAGAUUCUCGUACCAAUAUGCACAGAUAUAAAAAUCUAAAAGAGUUUAUUUGUGUUUCCAGAAAAAGAUUAUUUUCCAUCCUACCAUCACAAACAUGAACAGGGGCUUUGAAAAAGCAAGCUUAUCUGCAAUAAAAGCUCCAUUUAUGUUUGGCAUUAAGAGAUUAAUUUAUGUUGAAAAUCACCUUUUGUUCAUUGUGAAUUUAUGUGUUUCCUCCAAACACAUCAGAACUCAUCAUGGCAUCAGAUGAGUUCUGAUGCCAUGAACUCUGAUGAGAUUUACAUAAAAACAAUCUUGUGGACUCUACCAGGAAGUAAAAUCUGUGAAUAAUGAUUCAAAAUAAGUGGGGAAAUUAUUUACAAGACACAAAAUCAACCUCUUUCACUGACCUUAUAGAAAAGUGAUGUGAAAAAGAGGACUCAUCUGCUCUGACUAUAUAUAAACAUUAUAAUAGAAGACAAAAUAAAUGUUGAUAAAAAUAAACUGACCACAGGGUUGCCAAUAUGUGUGCCACUUGUAAUUUAGUUAACAAUUCAGUUUCAGAUUAAGCUCCUGUGAUGAAGGAUUUAUUUAUAUUAAAAUUUAGCUCCCAGUGUCAUUUGACGGAUGCAGGGAAACUUUUCAAGGCUCUGAAUCCCGAACAUCAGGAUUUAACACCAUUUUAAAUGUUUACACAACAGAAGCAGAGUAAAGCAGUCUGUAACUGCAGCUUAGUCACCAGGUUUCUGCACUAUCGCCAAAUGUGGCACGUCUGGCCUUACAGAGAUGAGAAACUGCUCUUUUGCCAAGGUAGACUGGAGAGUUUUUAAUGUUAACCAACACAAACCAGUUCAGACUUUUCUUUACAGACCAGCAGUGCCAAUGCGACCCAGCAAGUCCGACACUCUUUGAACUACACACACGUACACUUAACAGAUUUCCUUAGAGGAUAAGACAAAGGAUAAUGCAGUGAAUUCACAUUUAAGCCUUUUUUUUUUCACAUACUGAAAAAUAACAAAACGCAAAACAGAGAUUUAAUUUUUGUCUAAAUAUAGUGUGAAAGUAAUUUAAAUUUGAGCGUUUGCUGCUUUUGAAAAUUCUGAAUGAUCAUAAUUGUCCUUUAAAAGAGAAGUAAAUGCUAAAUAAUUACGGAGGCAAAAUAAAAUAAAAAUAUAAAUCCCUCGUAUAAUGCUCAGAAACAUGCUGGGGUUUCACUCGCAGUGCAGGAAAUGCAGUUUCUAAUUCUCCUCUCGUGGUUUUUGUUAAACCUGACAGCUCUUUGUUCAACGCUUCAACACGAGCUGGAAAAAUGAACAAAGUAUGAAGGGGUGUGUUUCGGUUCCUUUUACAAUUAUAUAGGCUCUUUAUUCUGUUUUUAUUUUUCACAAUGUUUUAAAAGGGGAUUCCUUGUGUGGUGAGGGCUGGCAGGACUUCCUGUGCAAUAUGCUUUAUAUGUGUAUAAAUAAUAAAUUGAAAACACUUUAA